AUGUCACCCUUCACUUGGAUGAACUCGGCGCUUCGAAACAGGCAGCAAGUCGGAACGUUGGCCGAUAUGGUCCAAGUCCGCCAGUGGGAGCUGCAUCAGCUUGAAGAAAAGCCCCGCACGCAUCCGACUGUCCGCUGGGUUGAUAAACAAGAGGUCAUCCGCGGUCGACAGAAGACAGUGAGGGAGAGUAUAGUCAACAAGGACGGCUCAGGCGAUGAGUUAGACAUUGAUGACGAGGACGAUACCAAGGAGGUCGAUCUCAUUGCUGCGCGGAUGGAAGAUCUCACGCUUGACGAAGAUAUCGAUCCAAAUUCCCCAUUCCUUACUGACUUGCUGUCUGACCGCCCUCAGACAGACUUACCAGCUCGGCAGACUGCCUCUAUAGUGUUCUCAACCGAGCGGACAGCUUCGGAUGCUUCUGUAGUGGUCAAUUGGAACUGGUAG